AUGAGCUACCCUCAAAUGCCCUACGGCCAAUCGCCGUACGCGACCCAGAACCACGACGACCCCAACAUGGCCGUGCCGCGCCCGUUCCGCUCGUCGUCCGCGAAUUCGUCGAUGCACUCGGGCGAGGACCUCGUCAACGGCAGCCACGGCGCCCACCCUGGCUACUCCCCUUAUGCGACCUCGAGUGGGUCCACGCCCUCGCUGCCGCGCUACCAGUCGCAGCAGCAACUGCCCCCGAACCCAUCCCCGCUCGGUCCGUCGACGAGGCCACCUUACGCGACCACGCCCGGGUCCAACAGUCCGUCGACCCGCUUCUCGCCGUACGGCUACCAGAACAACGGCGGUGCGCAGGGCGGCCAGAGCGCGCACCCGCUCUCCAACGCCAUGUACAUGGAUUCGACACCGACGCUCGCAGGGUCCAUGACCCCCUCCGAGGAGAAGAUGCGUCUUGGCGCCGCCGACUCGCUGGGUGAAUACAUCGCCCCUUCGACCGCGGGCCACACGCGCGGUCAAGGCCCCGCGUCCGCAGUGCAACCCCACGCCAGCCCUGCUCCUUACCGUCGUGGCCCGCUCAAGGCCACCGGUAUGACAGCCCUGUACCGUGCUUGGUCCGGUGCGACCCUCGCCGACAGCGGCAAGGACGAGCGUCACAUCAAGCUGCCGCGCCUGGGCUACCUCGACGGCAUCAAGUUCAUCGCCGCGUGGAUCGUCCUCAACGGCACCUUCUUUUCCGCGACCAUCUCGUCGAACGACUACGCCUUCAUCCAGCGCAACAGUCCUCUCUACAUCACUCGGUGAGUUUAUUGCCUUACAGCAAUAAAGCUCGUUCGCUGACGCUCCCCGCACCCCUGCGCUUCCCCCGUCUGAACAGCUCGACCGGCCUCGGUAUCACGUUUCUCCUGCUCUUGUCGGGCCGAUCCCUCGUUACACCGUUGUGGGAUGUACCCUCGCCUUCAUCUGGUUCCAAGUCGAAGGGUGCCCUCAUCUCGUGGGCCCGUCUGACGCGUGCGAUGAUGAUCCGCCCGUUCCGUUUCAUUCUCCCCGUCUGCUCGAUCGUCGCGUUGCAGUGGGGUCUUUCGUCGAGUGGGCGAACACACAACUGCAACAAGGUCGGCAUGGACGAGCCCUACUGGGGACUGGUCGGAAGCUUCGCCGGUUACGCGACGCUCGUCUUCAACUUGGUGCGUUCCAGACCACACUGUGUCCGCCACCCUCUCAGAUCGAUAGCUUUUGAUAGCUAACGUUUCACACAUCCACGACAUGCAGUUCACGACUUACGAGUCCAACACUCUCGCCGGGAAGACCUUCGGCGCCAACUUGUUCACUUCGCCCUGGUUCUUCCAGUCCUCGUAUGCCGUAUACGUCACGCACAUGAUGCUUGGCAACCUGUCGUCGAACCGCUACUGGAUCUACGUCUUGCUCGGUCUGUUCUCCUGGACGACGUUCAACUACUUUGCAGUGAGUUUGAAUGUGAACUCACGAUUGCGCAUGUGAAUGAUGACGCUCACCUGCGAACACGCCCGCUGCAGAUCGCGAUCAUCGGUCUUGUCUUUGCCGACAUGCACGCCCACGGUCACUUGCACCGCAUCCGCACCAAGUGGUCGACGACCGGCCGCUUGACGCUCCACGUGACCUUGAUUGCCAUCGCCUGCGUAACGCAAUUCGUUCCCAUCCUGCGCGACAACAUCAACAAGGGUAUGGCGACGAUCAACGUCCAAAACCAUCCCGAGUUGACGUUCUGCGACACCAUCUUUGCGACGUGCUGGCUCUUCGCUAUCGAAACCUCCGGGCUCGCCCAGAACAUCCUUGGCAACAUGGUCAUGCGCACCUUUGGCAAGGCCAGUGCAGGCAUGUACCUCCUCGCGCCCGCAAUCACGUAUACGAUCGUCCCCGACCUCGCCUUGAGCAUGCACAACAACGGCUCGAGCGCGUCUUCGGUCCUCGGCGUGUCGUGGCUCGUCCUCUUCAUCGUCACGGUCAUUCUCUCUGUUCUGUUCCACUUCGUCGUCGAGCUGCCGAGCAAGAUGUUCGGCGAGGUCGUGGCCGAGCUGUUGGAAGGCGAGGGUGAAUCCGAGAUCCCUGGCUUUGGUGGACAACCCCGGCCCGUCGGUGGCAAGCUCGUCAAGAAGAACCCUGGCGGACCAGCUGCCUCUCAGGCGCAACCUACUUCUCGACAAGUACCGCAAAGCAAGCCUGCGGCAUAA